AUGUCGGACGGUAAGAAGCCAUCAAUUCCCGCCUGGCAACGCGCCAAACCUGCCUCAACACCCCCGGCAGACGAUCCCGUCUACUCCCAGCCCGAAAGCAACGCCAUCGAGACGGGCGACAGUCUCAAAGAGGUGGAAAUCGAGUCACAACCAACGGAAUCGCCAUCUGAACAAUCCGAACCGGAAAUUGUCCCCGCCGACACGACAUCACCCACGACGGAGCCACAUCCCGCUGCCAUUCCCCCCAGAUCAGCGACGUUCAGCAAAGAUGACUUUUCCACAUACCAAGCACAACAAUCACAAUCACAGCCACGUCAAAUAGCACAACAACCCGCGCCUCAACAACGCCCACCACCGAUCAUCACCUACCCCGAAUUCCUCCUGUCGGCCCACAAACCACCUCCCUUGAUCACUCCAUCCAGGGUCAUCACCACCAUCUACGCCGCGACUGGCAUUUCCGCCCUGUUAUACGGCGCAAGCAGAUGGCUCGUGACUCCCAUGGUCCAAUCGCUCUCCGCUUCCCGCCACGAACUCCUCACCCACAGCACCUCCAAAGUCGACGAGUUCAAUGAGAAGUUGAGCAAGAUUGUCUCCCAAAUCCCCGUGCCACCACCCAAAGAGGGAGAAGCGAAAGAAGCAGAAGACGACUCGAGCGUGGACAGCGACCCUACCGAACUCUACCACCGAGACAUGGGCACCCAAACCUCCGAUCUCCCUACCAAUCCUGCUCCACCACAGAAGAGUCCCGCAGACCGGGAAACUUCCAUCCUAAACAUCAUAGAAUCUCACUUCGCCGAACUCUCCGAUUCCUCCGACCGUGUCGCGGAAGCGAAUAAAGAUCGACAAUUGACCAUUAAUAAAUUCCGACAUUUGUUGGAUGGAAUGGUAUAUAACAUGGAUGGAUUGCCAACGUGGGAAGCAGGAAGUGAUGGAGCCAUGAUGAUGAAAGCUCCUGGGCAAGGAAAAGGGGACAUGGUGGAGGAAUUGAAGAAAGAAAUUCGAGGCGUCAAAGGAGUGUUGUUGAGUGCGAGGAGGUUUCCUUCCACGCCCGGCAGAGUCGCGAGUACUGUGGCAUCCUGA